UAAACAGGAGAUCCUGGGUUCGAAUCCCAGCGGUGCCUUUUUUUUUAAAUUGAUGCAAUAAUCUGACUACAGUUAUACAUUUAUUGAUGUCAAAAGUUCGUUGAUGUCUUCGAAAAAUUAAACUGCACGUCACUGUAAAUGACAUAUGCUGAUUUGACCACCAGGGGCGACGUUGAACUUGUCAAACCUGUAAAAAGGAAAUUGUGAGGGAAACGUUCCUGCUUUUCAUAAAAUAUCUAAUUGAUAUACGUGACAUAAUACGGAUUAAACUCAUAGUAACAUAUAUUGAUAAACUGAUGCUAACUGGAACCUUUUCUUGCUCUGAUUUAAUGCAACAAAAAGCGAGAUGAUUGAAGCGGAUAUAGUUACUACCGCCUUCAAAUUAUACUACAUAUAAAGUCGUUGUAUCUCAAAUAUUUGCUUUACAUUACCCAAACAGAUCAAACCCAUCGCAACGAUGAUUCAAUACGGUAGUAAUUAGAUUUAGUCAUCACAACUUAAACCGAGCGACUUCGACCAAGUCUGUACAGUAUUUUCAACAAACAAAACCUUUAUUGUGAAGCGUCUUACCGGACGUGUCGCUUUCUGUUAUGGCUAUCGUCGCCCUAGUGUUAUGUCCGCGUCUUGCAAAGGACGCAAUGCUUUUUUUAACGCUAGAAAUGUCCACCGACUGGAAACAGAUGGAAGCCACACCGGGGAGACUGUGGAGGUCGUGUCCGAGAUAGGAGCCCGAGUGUCGGCUGAGCUUGGGAACAUGGGGGCGACGGUGCGGCUGCUGCUGGCGGGGCUGAUGUGGCUCUGCCCCGCCGUGCUGUGUGCAGCCGCAGGCUGCAGUGAGCGGGUGGAAGUCCACACGGAACGGAGGGGCGUGAUCUACAGCCCCUCCUGGCCUGUAAACUACCCCCCAGGAGUCAACUGCAGUUGGCACAUCCAGGGGGGUCACGGAGAGGUCAUCACCAUCAGUUUCCGGGUCUUUGACAUCGGAGAGUCCGGGAGUUGCGAGGGGGGAGACUGGCUGCUUAUGACCUCCACUGUGUGGAGGGGGGAGUCCCGGCUGUGUGGCUCCAUGAGGCCUCCACCCUUCAUCUCCAGCAGGGGGCGCGUUUGGCUGUACUUUCACUCGCAGGCCAACAGCUCAGGACAAGCUCAGGGAUUCCACCUGACCUACAUCAAAGGUCACCUGGGUCAGAGCAGCUGUCAGUCAGACGAGUUCCUGUGCGGGAAUGGCAAAUGUCUUCCUCACUCAUGGAAGUGCAACGGCCAGGACGAGUGCGGCGACGCCACAGACGAACGCAGCUGCUCGCCGCCUCCCACCGAGGCCCGGCCGAGCCUCUGCCCCCACGGGACCCUCACAUGCACCGCGGCUCAGUCCACCCGCUGCCUGCCCGCCGUCCUGCGCUGCGACAAAGUCCGCGACUGCCUCGAUGGCUCCGACGAGCUGGGCUGUCCCGAUACGACUUGCGGCAAACGUUUGGGGAACUUCUACGGGUCUUUUGCCUCCCCUGAUUUCUUCCGGGCCAACCGGAGCGAGGCGGCAGAGCUGAGGUGCUCCUGGUUUUUGGACACGCAGGACCCCAAGCCCAUUGUGCUGCAGCUGGACCUGCAGCUGGGACCCGGGGACUCGCUGCAUGUGUACGACGGGCUUCUGCACCGCGCUGAGCACCUCCUGCAGGUGCUGUCCUACCACAACAACCGGCGGCCGGCCUUGCUGGAGUCCAGCCGAGGACAGAUGAGCGUGUUGUACACGGCCAAGCCUCGCAGCCCCGGACGCGGCUUCAACGCCACCUACCAGGUCAAGGGUUACUGUUUUCCCGGCGAGCGUCCUUGCGGCAGUGACCAAGGUUGCUACUCUGAACAGCAGCGCUGCGACGGAUACUGGCACUGUCCGUCCGGGCGUGACGAGGAGUCCUGCCCGAUGUGCUCAGACGGCGACUUCCCAUGCGGCGGCGACACAGGCGUGUGCUACUCUCCCUCGGAGCGCUGCAACAACCAAAAGAGAUGCCCGGACGGCUCCGACGAGAAGAACUGCUACGACUGCCAGCCCGGAAACUUCCACUGCGGGACCAACCUGUGCAUCUUCGAGACGUGGCGCUGCGACGGGCAGGAGGACUGCCUGGACGGGAGCGACGAGAGGGACUGCCUGACGGCCGUGCCCAGGAAGGUGAUCACGGCCGCUCUGAUCGGAAGCCUCGUCUGCAGCCUCCUGCUGGUCAUCGCGCUUGGCUGCGCUCUCAAACUGCACUCGGUUAGGAGUCGAGAGUACAGGGCUUUCGAGACUCAGAUGACUCGCAUGGAGGCGGAGUUUGUUCAGCGGGAGGCUCCGCCCUCAUAUGGCCAGCUCAUCGCGCAGGGUCUCAUCCCGCCCGUGGAGGAUUUCCCGGCUUACAACCCCACCCAGGCGUCCGUGUUGCAGAACCUGCGUUUGGCCAUGAGCAGACAGAUCAGACGCCACACAACACGGCGCUCCUCCUCCUCCUCGUCCUCUUCACAGCGCCGGUUGGCCAACAUGUGGAGUCGCAUGUUCCGCCAAGCCAGAGGCCACGCCCCUCUGCUGGACCCCCCUGCUGGCACGCACAUCACCCUGGGGCUCCACAGCUACCAAACCGCAGGAGGGCGACGGGUCCAGCUCGAUGCUGGCAGGCGUGACGUUCACACGGAGGUGGCGCCGCGAUCCUCGGCUGGCGUCAACCUGCAGGGGUGCACGGCGGAGAGUCCUGCUUCCCCUCUCUCCUACCAAUCAGAGGACAGUCUGGAGGGGGCGGAGCUAUCUCCUGUCAGCAGGGCUCCAGAACCUUCCACUCCUGGUCAGAGUGACGCUUCAGGACUGCCGCCUCUUCUUACCGCGCCUCGGUCUUCUAGAAAACUGGUUCUGGAUAUGGCCGUCAACCUCAAGGGGGUCUCCCUUCGACGCUACUCUCCUCUCGGGCCUCUCUCGCCCCUAUCCGACACCGCAAUGCCCGCCAACUCCCAGCGCCAUCCCUUAGGGAGCACACCCAGUGAGUCGUCGUCAUCUUCGUCAACUUCUCCGGACGGGGAGGGGCGGAGCAAGGAGGCAAGGUACGGGGAGAAGCAUAGCCUGGAGGAGAAGAGGAAGAGGAGACGGAGGAGGAAGGGAAGGACAGUGGCGUGCGGCGAGGGUGCCCAUUCAGGGAGGGAAACCGCGUCGUGUUGAUGCACGCUAAGCUGCCCAGAUAAAGUGUCCUUGAGGCUCCGCCCCCUAAGAUCCUGGCGCAUCAGUCAAGGUUCAACCAGGUCAUCGUGUCCAUUUUUUAGAUCCCAAACGAUUUAAGAGCGGCAACAGGUUGUGACGCCAUGGCCGCCUUUGAGUCGUUACCCAGCGCCGAUAUGCACUGCUAGCAAGCCAUAAAUAACCAGUUUGACAGUUGCCAAGUCAUUUCAUAACUUUUGUAAUUGGGGAAGUGACUGAAGAUGGCGUGAGAUCAUUUUGUUGACGGGAGGAACAGUUGUGAUUAAAAUCAGUGCUUAUGUGAGUGAGCAGGCUACUUCCUGGUUCCGAUGAUGUAAAGCGUUCAGAACAGACGGACAUUGUGGGAAAAUAAAUUCACAAAAGUGAGUAAAAAAACACACACACACAAAUGUAGAGCGCGACAAGCAAUUGUUUAAGUGGUUGUUUGUGUGUGUGUGUGGGGUGGGGGGGGGGGGGGGUGCAGCGAGUUAGCAGGCUACUUCCUGGUUUUUGGUGAAUUGCGUAAGACGUUACGGUAAAGUGACGUCAACUCUACUGGGACACUUUCAUUGUCAUUUUUGUUAUUUUUAUUAGCAAGCUAGCAGGCUACUUCCCGGUUAAUGGAGGUAACGGACCAUAAGACGCCAGGAACAAACGGAAGCGACUCAUAACAUUUUGUGGCGUAAUCCUGCAAGCAAUCAAAACAACACCUCUUGCCUUUGAUCGGCUUGUAAUUACGCUACGUCUUAAUAGGAAAUAUAUGUCAUGAAACCCCGCCCCCAUGUCCAUGUGGUGCUCAGGUGAUGAAUGUCCGCCGAUUGUUCCCGGAUCGUCGUCGCGCUGGCUGCCUCACAAACAUAUACCUCUGCUCCGGAACAUUCUCCAUCAACUGGACAUUCCAUACAACUGUAUUUGUUCCUUCUGGCUGAGCUGGAAGUGCCAUGCUGCCCCGCCAUCCUUCCUCCUGCUGCUGCUACACGCACCGUGCCAUUAGAGAUGCCUACCUGCCAUGACUUGUGCCAUUUCUGUCUGACAUUAUUCUGUCUUGUGCUUUUUGCCGUGUCUUUGCUAUUGAAGUAGUUGAGCUGCUUUGACUUCCGUCCACAAUGCCUUAACUCACACUUCUCCUUGCUGUUGUCGUAGUAAAAAUCAGUAGUUUACUUGUUGGAAGAGAUUACAUUUGGCCGCAGGUGUCGACUCAGGACAAUUUUCUGGCCUGGAUUUAAGUGUUUAGCCUUCUUAGCUCGCAGGUAUCGACACUGGAUCGACGUCACUGAAAGGUCAUCCGCUCCUGAGCUGGCCCGUCUUGUCAUAGCGUUCCCUCUCAUUGUGUUUGGAGUUAAAUCCAUGGAUCAUUUGGAAAACUCUAUUUGUACAACCCUCUUUGAUUUUGUGCCUGCGGUCAAUAAAGUUUUGUGUAUUUUGAACCUUUUGCUAACUGCUAAAUGUCUUUUAUGAUGUGUGUCUUUUUCAACUCAGACUGGGGUGGUGGUCACCCUUUUCAAGAAGGGAGGGUGUAUUCCAACUACAGGGGGAUCACACGCCUCAGCUCCCUGGGAAAGUCUAUUCCAGGGUGCUGGAGAGAAGGGUACGACUGUUAGUCGAACCUCGCCUACAGGAGGUGCAGUGUGGUUUUCAUCCCGGUUGCAGAACACUGGACCAGCUCUACACCCUUGCAAGGGUACUGGAGGGUACUUGGGAGUUUGCCCAACCGGUCUACAUGUGCUUUGUGGACUUGGAAAAGCCAUUCGACCGCGUCCCUCGCGGUUUCCUGUUGGGGGUGCUCUCAGAGUACAGGAUUGGCGGUGCUGCUACGUGCCAUUCGGUCCUUGUACAACCAGAGCCUGGUUGGCAUUGCCAGCAGUAAGCCCAGCCUGUUCCCGAUGAAUGUUGGCCUCCGCCAAGGCUGCCCCUUGUCACCGAUUCUGUUCAUAAAUUUCACGGACAGAAUUUUUAGGCACAGCCAAGGCGUCAAGAGCGUCCAGUUUGGGGGCCUUAGGAUCUCUUCUCAGCUAUUCACAGACGAUGUAGUCCUGAUGGCUCAUCAGGCUGUGACCUUCAGCGUUUACUGGGGCGGUUUGCAGCUGAGUGUGAAGCUUCUGGGAUGAGACUCAGGUUCUCAGUCGGAAAAGGGUGGACUGCACCCUCUGGGUUGGGAGUGAAGUCUUGGCCCAGGUGGAGGAGUUCAAGUAUCUUGGGCGUGAGAUUGACAUUUGGAUCGGAAAAAAACGAAAGAACGACUAUUAGUGGGUGAACAGCAGGUCCUUGUGUUGUGUCGCUGAGAUUGUGCCUGAAGGCAGUGCUGCUGACCGGGUGGCUGCUCACCAUCGCCUUCGCGGACGUCAUCGUGUCGGAAGUAGAACAGGCAGGACACGACCCUUCCCAAAAUUCAUGUGUUGAUUUGUCCUAAUCACAUAUCAUGACGUGACUACUACCACGAGAACCGGAGUAUAGAGUGGGAGGCCAGCAAAGUGCACUGUAUUCGGGCCCACGCUUCGAUGAUCUCUGGAAAACCUUUUGCACUUUUCAAACGCCGCAGCGCAGGCGUUUCCCGGUGGAAGAUGAGGUUUUUUGUGUGCUCGAUGGUGAAUGUUUGUUUACAAGUGAGGUCAGGAGAAGUUACGAUAGGCCGUUAACGUCACAGGCAGGACAAAGAAGGAGCUCUUGAUUUGCUCACCUGCACGGUGUGGUUAAUCCCGUCUCAUUGGAGCGUUUUUUUAAUGUAUCUGUAAUCGGAGCAAUUUUCAAUGUUAACAGAUUUAUCUGUAUGAUGUCAUAAUUCCCUCACAUCGGCCCUUAUCGUGCACCCCUAGUAAUCCCAUUAGCUGACCUCUAUCUCGUGUGCUUUGGCAGUAGAAACAGUUCCUGCUGUUCGCCGGCCUGCUGCUGGGCGUCGUUGUCAUCUUCUCUUAGCCUGAGCAAAUAGACCAGCUCUGCUUGGAGGGCGAGGACGAGCACACUGCAGAAGAAGAACUGACCAUAGCAGACGAGAGCACCAAUCUGUAGCGCCAGCCAUGUUUGUAUAAUCUAUAUUUGAUUUUCUUUUUUAAAUAAUGAAUCAGGUGGAACACGCAAGCUUGAUGUGUGUUGUAAAGGUUAGUGACAUUUUUUAUUGUAAAGAAUGAACAUCAAAUACUAGGUUUUUGUGUCCUGUUUCUUUAGAUGCUAAUGGUUGCCUUUGUUAAAGUUAGCUAGAAUUGUCCUAGAGAAGUACUGUACACUUAAACAAUGAUUGCACUGUGUCAUGCGAUUGGCUGGCUGGCGACCAGUCCAGGGUGUACCCCACCUCUUGCCCAAAGUCAGCUGGGAUAGGCUCCAGCAUACCCCCACUACCCUAGUGAGGAUAAGUGGCAUAGAAAAUGGAUGGGUGGACAUAAUUCCACAUUGAUCCAAUCAGGAAGGUGUAACGCCCCCGCGUGGGCGGGAGUCAAGAAUAGCAUAGUAGUAGCCACUUAUAGUUUCGGGGCUUCCUGCUUCCUACUUUGAGGGCAGAAGUGUGGCAUGCUGUACUUCCUGACUCUCUAAAACAUUGAAAAGAUUGAUCUCUUUUUGGGAACACGAACUCAGAUUUUUCAGCUUUAUUGAGAUGACAUUGUGCUAGCACAAUGGAGUGAAUGUUUUAAAUGCAUAACAUCAGCUUUUUACCACCUAAAGAACAUUGCCAAAAUCAAGGGAAUAGUGUCUCAGCCAGAUUUCGAAAGAUGAAUCCAUGUCAUGUCUCCAGCAGACUAACGAGCAGUAAAACAACUGCAGUACAUCCAGAAUGCUGCUGCUCGAGUCCUGACCAGAACCAGGAAAUAUGACCACAUUAGUCCAGUACUCACGUCUCUACCCUGGCUUCCUGUCACUUUCAAACAGCUCUGCUUGUGUGCAAGUCUUUUCAUUGUCUUGCGCCAAAGUACAUGGUAGAGCCACAUGAACCAUCUCGAGCUCUGAGAAGCUCAGGGAGGGGUCUCCUGCGGGUGCCCAGAGUCCGGACUGAACACGGGUGACGCUGCAUUUCAGUUUUUUGCUGCCAAAAUCUGGAACAGUCUUCCAGAAGAUGUGCGACAAUCCUCAACUUUGGCAAAUCCAGGCUGAAAACACUCAGAUUCAACGGUGCGUAUGACAACUGAAAGUAUUUUAUCUGCAUUCUUCAUUUUUAUUUUUUUGUUUUUUUUGUUUUAUGGAAUGAUGUACGGAAUUUUAUGUAAUGAUUUUAUGUUUUAGGAAGUGAUUUAGUCCGCUUUUCCUGUCCUUUUUCCUUUUCCACACCUCUGUUCCCUUGUCAUCGCCCCCGCUCAGUCGACUCGACACACUCCCAAACACCCUCGUUAAAUGUUUGUGUCGGUUAUGCCAUUCCUGGCCACAUGACGGCGCCAGAGGUCCUUGGAGUGUCAACACAACGAUAUGUUGUUUUUUUCCAAAUCAUCCACUUGAUGGCGGUGAUUCACAACCUUUUUGAGCCCACGGACGGUUAAAAAAGCGACUCGUAAAUCGUAAAUCUAACAUCUUCUUCUGGUAUUAUUAGAGGCUUCUGAAGACCCCGGGGUGAAAGCAUGUGUUCUUAAAAGGACUGCAUGCAAUUCUCUCCAAAUUAUAUUGUUUUGAAACAAAAAUAUGUGAGACCAAAUGGGACGAAAUUAAGUACAUCAAUAAAUCUUUAAAUUAUUAAAUGAGUAAUUAAUUCAUAAAAUACACCAUUGAAACAUUUCAACAGACAUACACCACAGAUGCCCAACAUAUUAGUGCUAUCUAAGGGCAUUGAAGUGUAACAACAUGACAAAUACAUUAUAUAACAGACAGACCGACAGACAGACAGCUAGCCAGCUAGCUAGCUAGCUAGCUAGAUACUUUAUUAAUUGUGCUCUAUAGCUGAUGUAAUGUGAAUUAAAGUUCUUAUCUUAGCCAUUUGAGAAAAUCAAAUACAUGUUUUUUGCCCAACUGUUUCCCAACUAUAUUAGUGCGUGUGUGAAUGUAUAAACCAGAGGCAUUCACUUAUAUUUCUGUGUGGAAAGGCGCUUUAUGAAAGUAAGUACAUUUACUUGUUUAAAAAUUGCAUUUUUUUCUAAAUCCUUUCUUUGUUCACUCUUUAAUCACAGUCUGUUUAAUAUAAGAUGUACUUUGCUAAAGUCUUGAUUGCACAGUGCAACACUGCAAAUAUGGAACAUUAUAUGAACGAAUACACAUCUGACGUGGUUAACUAAAUGUUUUGCCAGAAAAUUAUUUUUUUUUCACCAGAACAACAAACUGAAUGUGUUAUUUCUUUUUUUGCAGCUUCCAUAGUUCCAAGUAGUGAUGUGUCAGUCGAGAACGAAUUGUCUUUAAGAGCCAGCUUUGAUUGGGAGCUGAUCAGUUUUUUUAGGCAACUGUCUUUGGUCAAGAUGUAUGGCGGCCUCUCUGUGUCUUAGAGAGAGCUCUUAGAGCCGAUUCGUUCGUGAGAAAUUUACAUGAAGAGAUUUGACCUCCAGUAUUUUGACUUAAUUUGUCUAUUGAGAUGGGUCUUUGUUUUUGUAUUAUAUUAAUAAUAUUACUUAUAUGU